UGGAAUAACAUCGAUAGACAUACAUUUCCUAGAAAAAAAAAAAGCAGCCAGUCUGUGACUUGAGAAUUGCUGAAAAUUUGCUGGGAAUUUAUGGAAUAUACAGGAAUAUACAGGUAAAAUGGUAGUGUAAUCCAUUCUUAACAGAUGCCGCCGUACACAGCCGCACAUCUGUGAUCCGAUGCAAUCUUUCCGGCACUAGUCAGAUGUCGGACUAGUCUCUGCUAGUCUCCCGACUCCCGGUUCGGACGUUUCGGUCUCGUUUCGUCGUUAUCGUCACGAACGAGAAAUCAGAGAAACCGUGGGCACGCGCCCCGUCGUUCUUGUUGUCCGCUCACCGUUCAUCGUUCGCGAGUGGACGUCCCAGUGUGUUGUUUGUGUGUAUGUGUGUGUGUGUGUGCGCGCAGUUGCACGCUUCGCCUGCCUGAGGAUGGCUGCGAUGCUGUCCAAUUGUUCGCGAUUCGCGCCUCGCGUAAUCACGCGGAGCAGCGUGUUGCGGACCGAGGUCGCGAGAUCGUUAUGUAGUCAAGGGCACACUCUUAUCCCUGUUUGCAUUAUCCAUGCUGAACACGUGCCCAAUGCCAAAGCUCCGUUAUGUAGAAAGUACAAGGCAAACUACUAUUGGAUAAAUCAAGCGAGACACAUACGUUCGACUUCAGCACUAUGGGAGAUCAGGGAAGUUGUAGUUCCUGCGUUUGCAGAAAGUGUAAACGAGGGCGACGUGAGGUGGGAGAAGAAGGUCGGCGACCAGGUAAAGGAAGACGAAGUCCUCUGCGAGAUCGAAACGGACAAGACUUCUGUUCCUGUACCGUCGCCCGGACCUGGUGUCAUAAAGGAGCUGUUCUUUAAGGAUGGCGAUACUGUAAAGCCGGGACAGAAGUUGUGCACCAUCGACAUCGGUGCAACCGGCGGUGCUGCACCUGCGGAAAAAACGCCACAACCUCCUGCGGCCGCACCGGCAGAAAAAGCACCAAAACCUGCAUCUUCUCCGACAUCAUCGGCCCCAAGUGUGGCACCUCCACUGCCGAGAUCCGCAGAGCCGAUCCCAUCUCCCGCCACUGAACCGCCAUCUCCACAAGCACCUACUGCAUCUAUGCCCGUUGCGGCUAUUAAACAUGCCCAGUCGUUGGAAAGCGCAAAAGUUCAGCUACCUCCUACCGAUUAUACGCGCGAAAUAAUCGGCACCAGGACAGAACAGCGAGUGAAAAUGAAUAGAAUGCGUCUACGUAUUGCGGAACGUCUGAAGGACGCACAGAACACGAACGCUAUGCUGACCACGUUUAAUGAAAUUGACAUGAGUCGCAUUAUCGAGUUUCGGAAGGCGCAUCAAGAAUCGUUUACGAAAAAGUACGGUAUCAAGCUAGGGUUCAUGAGUCCAUUCGUCAUGGCCAGUGCCUAUGCUCUAAAAGACCAACCCGUGGUGAACGCCGUGAUAGACGGUACCGAUAUAGUAUAUAGAGAUUACGUAGAUAUUAGUGUGGCAGUCGCGACACCGAAGGGACUUGUUGUACCCGUACUUCGUAGCGUAGAAAAUAAAAAUUUCGCCGAAAUUGAAAUCGCUUUGGCCGCUCUGGGUGAAAAGGCUAGAAAAGGGAAAAUCACCAUCGAGGAUAUGGAUGGCGGUACUUUUACAAUAAGCAAUGGUGGCGUUUUUGGCUCGAUGCUGGGAACUCCCAUUAUUAAUCCACCACAGAGCGCGAUUCUUGGUAUGCACGGCGUUUUUGACAGACCUAUCGCCAUUAAGGGAGAGGUUAAAAUUCGGCCAAUGAUGUAUGUAGCUUUGACGUAUGAUCAUCGACUGAUUGAUGGACGUGAGGCUGUGAUGUUCCUGAGGAAGAUCAAAGACGCUGUGGAAGAUCCUAGAAUUAUUUUGGCUGGCCUUUAAUAACUUGGGAUACAUUUAUCGCACAUGUUAACGAUGUGAUUGUUCACCAUUGGAUAAACAAAAAUGCGAUGCGAGAAUCUGGAAUCUCGACAGGCAGUCUUUCCGCAUCCAAAUACCUAUAAUCAUUGGAACGUUCCCUCUAAAGAACGUCUCUAGCUUAUUUCGAAUACCAUUAAUCUUCAAGCCAUACGUGGGAUGUGACAAGCGUAGUCAUAAAUAACGAAAUAAUCCUGUCUAUUAUUCUGAAUUCUUGCAACGAGAAUAUUGUAAGGCGAAUUCGCUUUGCAUGUUACAGUCGUAAUAUAGUCUGUAUAUUGCUGCACGACGUAACUUUUGUUUUUGGAAUUUCUCCACAUAUUUUUCGGCAACCCGAAUAAAUAUCGAACCGAUAAUCAUAUUCUUGUGAGCAUUCGUAUUUUGGUCGCCAUAUUGAUGUCGAUCGGUGUCGAAAGGCGGAGUACAGAGAAGCCGAAAAAGGGCUAGAAGGUACUUAUCCUAAGUACUCUAGAUGUAGACCCAUAAGCUAAAAUAAAAUCUCACCAAUAUAAGUCUCUUUAGCGUUGUUGAAUUGUGCGUCACAUUGCGGCCGUAGGAUAAGUAACGUGAUUUGAUAAAUAUUUAAAUACGUGGAAGUGAUAUUACUGUUGGCAGUACGUUAUAUAUCGAGCAUCUCGGAGAGGGGGGGGGGGGAGAUAUGUUGCAUGUGAGGAAUUUUGCAUUCGAAGGAAAAUGACUCAUUCGUAAUUUUGUAAAUCAAAAAUUGUUUAUUAAGUAAAAAAGAAAUCAACUGUCGUCUACGUUUACACAACUCGAUUUACGCCGAGGUUGUAACAUCGAUAUUAUGAAACUGGCCAAUCACAUUUAUUCCAUUCUUUAGAGGAAUAGCUACGACUGGCCAGUUUGAUAACAUCGAUGUUGUAAUUUUAGUAUAAAUCGAGCCGUGUAAACGUAGUCAAUGUGAACAAGAUAUAUUUUUAUGAUAGAGUAUGUAUGUGGGAGGGAUGGGAUGGAAGAGCCGUUUAAUCACGCAUUAAUUUAUAAAAGUACACUGCCAAGUCCUGCGACGAACGUUUUGAGUCGCCAUUGAGUAUUUGAUACAAAUCCAUUUGCGCUGUUAUUGAUAACGGCGAAGUCGGCGAGUGUUAGCUCGCGAGCGUUUCCAUCAUUAUGUUUGCAUCAGAUCAAACACAGCUUUAUGCGUGAAGAUGUGCGAAUGCUCUUUCAGUCUCAUUGUAAAAUAUAUUGUAUAUCGUUCGAUACUGUAUAUUAACGAGGAAACGCAUAUAAAGCACGCUAAUUAAAUA